CAGCUAAUCUCUGGACCCUUCCAUUGAGCAACAAGGUUGGAGACUGACACAGAGAGAUCAACAGUUUGGUAAACAAAAGAGAGGGAGCCAGGAGAGAAGGACUGGAACAAAGUCAAAGAAGGAGAGAGCGGACAGAGCAGAGCAGGAGCAAGAGAGUUGAAUUUGAAAUAGAGGAGAGAAAACUGCAACAGCAAACAUUUAAGAUUAAAAGUUAAAGAUUGAUAGAAUUAGUGUCAUGGGUGUGGCCACUUAAAGCAGUGAGGCACAACAGCAGAGACAAAAGCAACUUUUGUCUGGUGGUUAGAGGGGGAGGGUGACAGAUUGAGGAAGACAGGGUGGGUCAGAGGUAAAGGGGUCAAUAGAAAGACUGAGAAAGACACAGUGGGAGCCGUUCAAGUAGAGAAGGCCAGAGAACUCACUCACGAGGCAGAGGCAACGGUAUGGAUAGAUAGACGCUGGCAGACAUAGUAGCUUAUCAAGGGGGAGAGGGGACAGAGAGGGCUAGGCUGAGUCACAUACAGGCAGUCGGCAUGGGGAUAAAGGGCAAGGCGGCUUUGGCCAUUGUGGUUCUACUGUUCUUCCUCGGCUCCAUGUGGCUCCAAGGAAGUUUGGAUUACCAGUGGGACUCUUGUCUUAAAGGUUACAUUCAGAUAAACAGUCCUCGCCAUCUGUCCAAUGGCAGUGAGGCUGAUAGUGAUGAGGACAGGGCCAUACUGGAGGUGUGUCCCGGUCAGAAGUUCCAGGUGUCGGAGCUGUUGUCUCACCUGCUGGCUGCGCAGGCACCCACCAACGAUGUGCUGCUGCAGCCUUAUCUGGCUAGUUGGGACGAGCUUAUCAAGUUCAUGGAGGCUCUUGGACCGAUGGUUGGACUCAUAUCUCAGGAGAUUGAAGCCAAAACUUCCAUAAUCCGUGACCUGACCCUGCGGGAGGCAGGUAGCAGCGAUGAGGGAGAAGUGGGCCUAGCCUUGGGGUUGGUGUCUGGUACCAGAGCGCAUAGUGGUGGACAGGAGGAGACAGAGGCCUCAGUGGCAGCACCAAGCAGUACCUACCUGUCUUUGCGCUCUAUGAUCCACACUGAGUUGAGCCAGGGCCUGGUAGACUUCCAGCAGAUGACAGAAUCUGGGUGUCGUACUCUGCUCCGGCUGCACCGGGCCCUGUUGUGGCUGCAGGUCUUCCUGGAAAAGCUGGGGGAGGGGCCUGUGGGCGGCCGGCUGCGGAGCCCCUCGGAGCUCUGCCGUGAAGCCUAUCAGCACACCCUGGCCCACCACCACUCCUGGUUUGUACGCAGGGCAGCGGAGAUAGCCUUCAUCGCCAUGCCUGAGCGGAGCUUCUUCUACAGGCUGGUGUGUGUGACGAACCAGGAAGAGGCCAGCGUGGUGCUGAACAAGGUGGUCCGGGCCAUCGGAGAAGUGUAUGACAGAACUCAGGGGGUCCUGGAGGAGCAUGGCAUGCUGGACCUGCCGUAGGAGAAGAGCGGGGGGGGGGGGGGG